AUGGAAAAUGAUCAGGUGGAAAGAAGCAAUGAGCUGGCUCAGAACUGCUGCAGAAGAACCAAGGCCAAACUUAGGAAAAAGUUCGAACGUGUAUUUGAAGGAAUAGACAAUCAAGGAGGGGUCACCUUCCUAAAUAAAAUCUACACAGAUCUUUACAUAACAGAGGGCGGUGGUGUGGAGAUCAAUACUGAACAUGAGGUCAGACAGGUCGAAACAGCAUUCAAGAGACCAGCAACAUCUGGGACAGCAAUACAGUGCAAUGAUAUCUUUAAACCCUUACCAGAACAAGAGAAACCCAUUAAAACUGUGUUGACAAAAGGAGUCGCUGGCAUUGGAAAAACAGUGUCUGUGCAGAAGUUUGCUUUGGACUGGGCUGAGGGAAAAGCAAAUCAGGAUAUCCAUUUUGUUUUUCCACUUCCAUUUCGGGAACUUAAUUUAUUCAAGGGGCUAAAAUGCAGCCUUAUGGAUCUUCUUCAUCGCUUCUUUGAAGAGAUCAAAGACUUAGCAGUGCUCACCUCCUGCAGACACAAAGUCCUUUUCAUUCUCGAUGGUCUUGAUGAGUGUCGACUUCCUCUGGAUUUCAAGAACAAUGACAGCUGCUCUGAUGUAACAGAUUCAACCUCUGUAGAUGUUCUGCUGACAAAUCUCAUCAAGGGAAAUCUGCUUCCUUCUGCUCUUCUCUGGAUAACAACCCGUCCAGCAGCGGCUAGUCAAAUACCCCUAGAAUGUUUUGAUCGGGUGACAGAGGUACGAGGAUUUAAUGACCCACAGAAGGAAGAGUACUUCAGAAAGAGAAUCAGUGAUCAGAAUGUGGCCAACAGAAUCCUCACUCACAUUAAGUCAUCAAGGAGCCUCUUCAUCAUGUGUCACAUACCAGUCUUCUGUUGGAUUUCAGCCACUGUUCUAGAAAGGAUGUUGGGUGAAGCAGAGAGUGGAGAGAUCCCAAAGACUCUGACUCAAAUGUACAUACACUUCCUCAUUUUUCAGACCAAACAGAGGACUCAGAAGUAUGAUAGACACGAUGGAAUGGAUCCACACUGGAAUAAAGACAGCAUUCUGUCAUUGGGAAAACUGGCUUUUAAACAACUGAGAAAAGGUAACCUGAUUUUCUAUGAGGAAGAUCUGAGAGAGUGUGGCAUUGAUAUCACUGAAGCGUCAGUGUAUUGUGGAUUGUGUACUGAAAUCUUCAGGGAGGAGUCUGGAUUACACCAGGUCAAGUUAUUCUGCUUUCUUCAUCUGAGCAUUCAGGAAUUUCUUGCUGCCUUGUACGUGUUCCUCAUGUUUGUCAACAACAACAGAAUUAUCCUCGAUCACCACAGAAACACCAAAAUGUCAGUUCCUUUCAAACCUCUACAAAUGACAGACUUGCUUAAAUGUGCUGUGAAUAAUGCCUUGGCAAGCAAAAAUGGACACCUGGACCUUUUCCUCCGAUUCCUUCUGGGUAUUUCUGAGGAGUCCAAUCAGACCUUCUUACAGGGUCUGUUGACGCAGGAGCAAAGUGAUCCACAGACCCGUGAGGAAAUGCUACAUUACAUCAAAAAAAAGAUUAAGGAUUGUCCCUCUCCAGACAGGUCAAUCAACCUGUUUCACUGUCUGAAUGAACUCCAUGACCAUUCUCUAGUGGAGGAGGUUGAAUCCUUCUUGAGCUCAGAAAAUCUUAACGAAACUGAACUCUCCCCUACGCAUUGGUCUGCUCUGGCUUUUAUAUUGCUUACCUCUGAAGAAGAUCUAGAUGUUUUUGACCUCAUGAAAUUCUUAAAUCCAAAUGUGAUAUCAGACGAAACUGUCCUGAGGCUGUUGCCAGUAAUAAAAGCAUCAAAGACAGCUAUGUUGAAGUUCUGCAAUGUCUCAGAGAAAAGCUGUGUGGGUCUGGCAUCUGUGCUCAGCUCAGCCUCUUCAACUCUCAGAGAGCUUGUUCUGAGCUCUACGAAGAUUCGGGACUCAGGACUGCGCCACCUCUGUGCUGGACUGAAUAAUCCUUGCUGUAAACUGGAAAUUCUCAAGCUCUUCGACUGUGAAAUAAAAGAGGAGGGCUGUACGGCGCUGGCCUCAGCUCUGAGUUCAAACCCCUCACUCCUAAGAGAGUUGGAUCUCACUUACAACAACCCAGGAGACUCAGGAGUGAAGCUUAUCUCCGAUGUGUUGCCAAAACCCCACUGUACACUGCAGACCCUGAAUGUGUCAGACUGCGGUAUAACUGAAGACGGGUGUGCUAUUCUGGCUUCAGCUCUGAAUUUAAACCCCUCACACCUCAGAGUGCUAGAUCUGAGCUUCAAUAAUUUGGGUGACUCUGGAGUAAAGGAGCUUUCAACUGUGCUUGGCAAUCCACAGUUAAAACUCGAAACAUUAAGACUUAAUAAAUGUAGCCUCACAAAGAACAGCUGUCCAGCACUGGUUUCAGUACUCAGCUCUGACCACUCAAAUCUGAGAGUGCUGGACUUGAGUGCUAAUGCACUCCAAGACUCUGGAGUAAAGAUUCUCUCUGUGGGUCUCUGGAAUCCUCUCUCCAAACUCCACAUGCUCAGGUUGACCUACUGUGGUGUGACAAAGGAAGGCUGUACUGCCCUUGCCUCAGCUCUGAGUUCCAACCCCUCUCCACUAAAAGAACUGGACAUAAGAGGAAAUAAGCCAGGAUUGCCAGGAGUGAAACAGCUCUCUGCUGUACUGCAUGAUCCUUAUAGUAAACUGGAGAGACUAGAGUGA